AUGGCAAAGAGAUUUGAGUUUUUCUUGUCCAAUUUGAAUUAUAUCAUUGAGUUUAAUGCUAAAAGAAGCUCCCCUUCUGGCUACCUUCUUGGUCUAAACAAUUUUGCUGAUUGGAGCCCUAGUGAGUUCCAAGAAAUCUACUUACAUAGCCUUGAUAUGCCUACAGAUAGUGCUCCUAAGCUGAAUGGCCCUCUUUUAUCAUGUAUUGCUCCUUCAUCGUUAGAUUGGAGGAAUAAAGUAGCUGUUACUGCAAUUAAGAAUCAAGGGAGUUGUGUAGGAAGUUGUUGGGCAUUCUCAGCUGCUGGAGCCAUAGAAGGAAUACAUGCUAUAACUACAGGGGAGCUUAUCAGCCUUUCUGAACAAGAGCUUGUGAACUGUGACCGUGUAAGCAAAGGUUGUAAUGGAGGAUGGGUGAAUAAAGCAUUUGAUUGGGUUAUAAGCAAUGGAGGGAUUACUUUGGAAGCAGAAUAUCCUUAUACCGGAAAAGAUGGUGGAAACUGCAAUUCUGACAAGGUUCCAAUCAAAGCAACCAUUGAUGGCUAUGAACAAGUAGAACAAUCAGACAACGGACUCUUGUGUUCCAUAGUCAAGCAGCCUAUUAGUAUUUGUUUGAAUGCAACCGAUUUUCAACUAUAUGAAUCUGGAAUAUUUGAUGGUCAACAAUGUUCAUCGUCAUCAAAAUAUACAAAUCACUGCGUGUUAAUUGUGGGUUAUGAUUCCUCAAAUGGUGAAGAUUAUUGGAUCGUGAAGAAUUCGUGGGGGACAAAAUGGGGAAUAAAUGGUUAUAUAUGGAUUAAAAGGAACACCGGUUUGCCAUAUGGGGUAUGUGGAAUGAAUGCUUGGGCUUAUAACCCAACCAUAAGAAAAUAAGUAUCAUGCUCAUGGAACCCUAACGGCGAUUACGUGGAAUUGAAGACAUUUUCAAGUAAAGUUGCCUUGAAGCAAUUAAAGAAAAAUUGUUUCAUAUGUCCGUUAAAUAGUAGUUAUGUGUAUCAAUCAAGCAUUAAUUCUGUUAAUAAUGUAUUGAACACGCAAGCUCUCCAUGAUAUACAAAAGC